UUCCACCGAUGAUUGGCCUGCAGUGAAUGAGACCAGGAAGAAGAGAGGAGGGGACUGUGGGCAAUGCGUCAUAGGCUGUGGAGCUGGGUGAGAGAGAGAGAGAGAGAUUAAAGUGUGAGUGACAUUUUCAGCUCUCCACACCCAAAUCUCUGGAAAAUUCCGUGAGUUUUCAGUCUGCUGCUGAGCGAGACAGGAACAAGCUGCAGCAGCACCAGAAGAAAACGCAGAUUGUUUUCAAUUUCUAACUUUAGAUUCUUAUUUCAUAAUCUUGGAAUGUGCUGUCUCUAACAUUGUGGACUUGAUGUACUGUGGGCACCGAAGGAGAAAAACUGCUGCUGUGUUUUCCAACAAAAACGCAUGUGAAGCCAGUGCUGGGGAAGAACCCGACUACGGUCCUGUUUGGAACCAUCCCGUUGUCUCUGCUUGUCCGUCACCCUGGGGAAAGCAACAGUCCUCCAACCUCGUCCCUCCUCUUCCUCAACUUCAUUGACUGUUACAGCAUUGCAUCGCACCCUGAACUCAGUUAUCAGGUGGAAAAGGUUGCAGAUCGGCGGGUCGCCUGUCAUGCACAUUAAGACCACUAAAUGUAACCGGUUCUGCCUGGUGGCCUCGGUGACCAACCGGGAGUUAUUCCACCACUCUGAGGUGCAGGUAACAGUACGGUGUCACUAAAGGAUUUCCUGGAAUUUGACUACCGAGGCAGCUGACCCUGCUGGCUUUGAGGCUUUGUUCCGUUCAUUCGACUCAGAAGUGCAGUUCCAGUACUUCAAGUCGUUUCGCCGGAUCAGGAUCAGUUUCAGAGAUGCUCUGGCUGCAGCGGAGGCGAGACUCCGACUACAUAAGACGGACUUCAACGGCAAAGAAAUGAGACUUUACUUCGCUCAGUCUGUUCACAUAGGGAGUCCUCGUCUGGAGCCUCCCAAGCCAGAGAAGCAGUUCCUGAUCUCACCUCCUGCUUCCCCUCCAGUCGGCUGGGAACAGUCUCAGGACGCCACACCGGUCAUCAAUUAUGACCUGCUUUGUGCCAUCUCUAAACUGGGGCCAGGGGGGAAGUACGAGCUUCACACGGCAACACCAACCACUCCCAGCGUGGUCGUCCAUGUGUGCGACGACGAUCGCGGUGACAGCUCAGCGCCCGAUGACAGCGACCAGGAUGACAAGCCCCGCCCACCACGACCAAAGAUCAUUCAGACUCGACGGCCUGACUACACACCUAGAGUUGAGCAGUGAGCGGUGCUUACAGGGGAAUCUGUACUGUGUCAGCGUCUCCAACGAUCAGGAGCUGAACAUGCUCGCAGAGAUUUGGAUAAAGCUGUGGGACUGUGAGAAGGCGUCUGUGGGUGCUGCGAUAUCCAGCUGAAGCAAAUGAUUAGAAUUGCAUGCUGCAUUUGUGUCGUGUUCGACAGACCGAAGAGGGAAAUGGUUUAAAUGGACUUACUGUACGACUGUU